CGCUGGCAGUUUAAACCUGGGGCAGCCAAUGAGGAACGCCUUUGGGGGCGGCGUAACGCUUCGGCUCCGGGUUUGAAAUCCUCGAGGAAGGGCGAAGGCGGAGGAAGGAGGACAUAUUCCAAGCCCGGGCCCGGUAAACCGUGGGUAAAAAAGGUACUCGGCCCCAAAACUCUCUGAAGAAGGAAAGAUAGAAGAAGAAGGAAAAAAGGGAAAGAGGAGGAGAAGGAAAGAUAGGAGGAGGAGAAGAAAGGGAGGCGCGAUAGCUUCCUUCCAAAUUGGAAACCCUCGAGGAUCGGGGCCGGGAAACUUGCGCGUUGAGGCGGCACCAAAACUCAGCCACACUGGGCGUAGAAGCGGAGGAAGGAGAAGAAGAAGAAGGGAAAGAGAAGGGGGGAAAAGGAGGAGAGCAGCAAGGGAGGCGUCUUCGCUUCGCUUCCUCCUCGACUGGAAACCCUUGAACUUUCCAUUGUCACCGGGCGAGGAUCGAGGCCGGGAAACUGCGCGAAAGAGGCACCAAACUCAAGCCAACUUUGGUGCGUAAAAGCGCACAGAGCAAGAACCAAGAAAGGAGAAGAACAGAAGGAGACGAGGAGGAGAGGCGUCUUAAAAGGAGGGGAGAGGUGUCUUGGCUUCCUCCUCGACUGGAAACUCUCGAAGUUGGGCGAGGAUCGGGGCCGGGAAGCUGUGCGUAACAGAGGCACCAAACUCAGCCCAACUUUGGUGCGUUGAAAGCGCCCAGAGCAAGAACAGAAGAAAGAAAGCAAAGAAGGAAGGGAAAAGAAGGAGAAGUAUCUUAAAAAGGAGGAGGGAAGCAAGAGAGGCGUCUUGGCUUCCUCCUCGACUGGAAACCCUCGAAGUUGGGCGAGGAUCCGGGCCGGGAAGCUGUGCGUAAAAGAGGCACCAAACCCAACCCAACUUUGGUGCAUGAAACCACGUAGAGCAAGAAUAGAGAAGGGGAAACGAAGGGGAAAGAAGGCAAAGCAUCUUUAAAAGGAGGAGAGAAGAAAUAUAGGCGUCUUUGCUUCCUCCUUGACUGGAAACUUUCAAAGUGGAGCAAGGAUCGGGGCCGGGAAGCUGUGCGUAAAAAGGCACCAAACUCAACCCAACUUUGGUGCGUCAAAGCGCACAGAGCAAGAACAGAGGAGGAGAAAAAGGGGGAAAGAAGGCGAGGCGUCUUAAAAAGAAGGAGGGAAGCAAGAGAGGCGUCUUGACCUCCUUCUCGAUUGGAAACCCCCGAAGUUGGGUGAGGACCGAGGCUGGGAAACUGCGCGUAAAAAGGCACCAAACUCGACCCAACUCCGUGCGUAAAAGCGCCCCGAACUUGGCAGCAUGAGCGCCGCUGUGCCCAGCCGGGCGCCUCCUUCCUCCGCUUCCUCCUCCGCGAAGGAAGCGGCGGCUAAAGCCUCGAUCCCGGAGCAAGUGCUGGACCCUCGGAGCCGGCGCCGGUAUCGCUUGGGCCGCUUCCUGGGCAAAGGGGGCUUCGCGCGGUGCUACGAGCUGACGGACACGGCCACCGGGGAGGUCUUCGCCGGGAAGGUGGUGCCCAAAGCGCUGCUGCUGAAGGCGCCGCAGAAGGAGAAGAUGUCCAUGGAGGUGGCCAUCCACCGCAGCCUCCAACACCGGCACGUGGUGGCCUUCCACGGCUGCUUCGAGGACCCCAACUUCGUCUUCGUUGUCCUCGAGCUCUGCAGGAGGAGGUCCCUUUUGGAGCUGCACAAGCGCCGGAAAGCCCUGACGGAGCCAGAGGUCCGAUACCUCCUACGCCAGAUCAUCCAGGGCUGCCAAUAUUUGCACAGUAACCGGGUCAUCCACCGGGACCUCAAGCUGGGCAACCUCUUCCUCAAUGAUGACAUGGAGAUCAAGAUAGGUGACUUUGGCUUGGCCACUAAAGUGGAGUACGACGGAGAGCGAAAGAAGACCCUCUGUGGGACCCCCAACUACAUUGCCCCCGAGGUCCUGAGUAAGAAGGGCCACAGCUUCGAGGUGGACAUCUGGUCCCUUGGAUGCAUCAUGUACACCCUUCUGGUUGGCAAGCCGCCAUUCGAGACCUCGUGCCUGAAGGAGACCUAUAUUCGGAUCAAGAACAACGACUACACCAUCCCACAGAAUGUCAACCCGGUGGCUAGCAACCUGAUCCGGAAGAUGCUGCGCUCGGACCCAGCAGCCCGCCCCACAGUGGAUGAGCUCCUGGGAGAGGAGUUCUUCACGACCGGCUACACCCCCUCACGGCUGCCCACCACCUGCCUGACCGUGCCCCCCAGGUUCUCCCUGGCCCCCACCAGCCUGGACCUCACCACCAGGAAGCCCCUCACCGUGGUCAACAAGGGUGAGCGCCAAGGAAGGAAGGAAGGAAAGGGCGGCAGCAUGGGACGGAAAGGCCCGGAGAGCCCUGCGCUGGAGAAGGUGGUGGCCGAGAAGGAGGAGGAGGUGGCCCUGAGAGAGACCGGGGAGACCACUGACGGCCACUUGGCCGACCUGCUCCAGCAGCUGGCCCUGGUGAAUGCCUCCAAGCCCUCCGAAAGGGCCAUCAUCCGGCAAGAGGAUGCUGAGGACCCAGCCUGCAUCCCCAUCUUUUGGGUCAGCAAGUGGGUGGACUACUCAGACAAGUACGGCUUAGGUUACCAGCUCUGUGACAACAGUGUCGGGGUGCUCUUUAACGACUCCACCCGCCUCAUCCUCUACCAGGAUGGCGACAACCUCCAAUACAUUGAACAGAAUGGCUCUGAGUCCUACUUCAACGUCCGCUCGUACCCAGAGUCCUUCAACAAAAAGGUGACGCUGCUGACAUACUUCAGCAACUACAUGAGCGAGCACCUGCUGAAGGCCGGGGCCAACAUCACCCCGAGGGAAGGGGAUGAGUUGGCCCGCCUACCCUACCUCCGGACCUGGUUUCGCACCCGCAGUGCCAUCAUCCUGCACCUCAGCAACGGCACUGUCCAGAUCAACUUCUUCCAGGACCACACCAAGAUCAUCCUGUGUCCCUUGAUGGGGGCCGUGUCCUACAUCGAUGAGCGGCGGGGCUUCCGGACCUACCGCCUGAGCCUGUUGGAGGAACACGGCUGCUGCAAGGGGCUGGCCAGCCGCCUCCGCUACGGCCACACCAUGGUGGAGAAGCUGCUCAGCUCCAAGUCGGGGGCCAUGGCCUGCCCCAAGCCCCCCGCAAACUAGACCUCCCGCGUGGCAAGACAGCCUCCGCCGCCUCCUGUUGGAAGGCCAUUUGCACACAGGCAGAAGGGCUCUUCCUUGGACUGGAGAACAAACGCUGCUGUUUCUGUUUCCUCCCCUUUUUUUGGCCGAGAAAAAGUGGGCCUCCCUUCCCACUCGCCUCCAUAGUAGCUGGACCCCAGAGCAUUAUUUCUAUAUGGGGUCGGGGUGAGCCUUUCUCCAGGAAGGGUUGGCCUUCCUCUUCUUAUCAUUCCUGUCCUUGGCCUUCGUUUUGUCAUUCUUGAGUCUUUUGAACUUCCACACUUUUAAAAAAUAUUGCACCAAAUUAAAAUAUCUGUAUCCUGUCGUCGUCCCCCUUUUGUACUUUACUCACUAACUAAUAAAGAGAAUUCUCAAAA